AUGGGUUCCCGCUGUGCCAAGCUCAGCAUCAGCCAUGGCACGGCCCAGAACACAGGUCACAGCCGUGGCCACGAGUCCUCCAUGAAGAAGCUCGUGGCCUGUGUGAAUCAAGACAACUUCUCCCUGUCAUCUGAGGGUGAGGAAGAGGAGGAAGAGGAGGAAGAGGAGGAAGAGGAGGACAAGGAUGAGGAGGAAGAGGAGGACGAGGAGCAGAUCCCGGUGAAAGGCAAGCUGCUGCUGGAGCCCGAGAAGCAGGAGAGCACUGAAGACUCUGUGGCCCAGCUGAGCCCUGAGCCCAAGCAGACGCACUCCUGA